AUGGUCUUCUCUCGCUUCUUCCGCUUCGUCGUGAAACUACCCGGAAGACAAAUAUCUCGUCGUGUCUACUGGAGAGUAUGUUCUGUCGGAGAACAGAGCUUGGGUCUCGAAUCGAUUCCAUGGAUUCAAAAAGCUUCAAAUUUGACUGUUUACGGAUCAUUACACAGUGGUUCUGUUGAAACCCAAGUUUCCUCUGCUUCUGCUCUUGAUGAUGAAGAGGACAGAGUUUCGCAAGACGCAGAGAGAAUCUGCAAGAUCCUGUCCAAAUUUACGGAUUCAAGCCUCGAAAAUCUUCUCAACGAAGCUUCGAUUAAACUUUCACCAGAACUAAUCGAGGAAGUACUGAAGAAGCUAAGCAACGCAGGUGUUUUGGCUUUGUCUGUUUUCAAAUGGGCAGAGAAUCAAAAGGGUUUCAAGCACAACACUGCGAGUUACAAUGCAUUGAUCGAAUCAUUAGGUAAGAUCAAGCAAUUCAAACUUGUUUGGAGUUUAGUAGAAGACAUGAAACGGAAGAAGCUUUUGAGCAAAGACACGUUCGCUCUCAUCUCUAGACGAUACGCUCGAGCAAGGAAGGUUAAGGAAGCUAUAACUGCGUUUCAUAAGAUGGAAGAGUAUGGGUUUAAGAUGGAACCUAGUGAUUUCAAUCGAAUGCUUGAUACGUUGAGCAAAUCUAGGAAUGUUGGGGAUGCACAGAAGGUGUUCGACAAAAUGAAGAAGAAAAGGUUCGAGCCUGAUAUUAAGUCGUAUACUAUUUUACUUGAAGGUUGGGGUCAGGAGUUGAAUCUUUUGAGAGUAAAUGAGGUUUAUGGAGAGAUGAAAGAUGAAGGAUUCGAGCCUGAUGUAGUCACUUACGGUAUCAUUAUCAAUGCACAUUGCAAGGCGAAAAAGUAUGAUGAAGCUAUUAGAUUGUUUAAUGAAAUGGAACAGAGGAAUUGCAAGCCAAGUCCUCACAUUUUCUGUAGUUUGAUCAAUGGACUUGGCUCCGAGAAGAAACUGAGCCAAGCCCUUGAGUUCUUCGAGAGAUCAAAGAGUUCCGGGUUUCCUCUUGAAGCUCCCACUUACAAUGCACUAGUCGGAGCUUAUUGCUGGUCACAGCGAAUGGAAGACGUGUUCAAGGUCGUGGAAGAGAUGAGAUCGAAAGGGAUCGGGCCAAAUGCUAGAACUUAUGAUAUAAUCCUUCAUCAUUUGAUCCGAAUGCAGCGGACAAAAGAAGCCUAUGAAGUUUAUCAGAAGAUGAGUUGUGAACCGACGGUGAGUACUUACGAGAUCAUGGUGAGAAUGUUCUGUAACAAUGAGAGAUUGGAUAUGGCGAUCAAAAUUUGGGAUGAGAUGAAAGGAAAAGGUGUUCUUCCAGGGAUGCACAUGUUCUCAAGUUUGAUCACAGCUCUGUGCCAUGAGAACAAAUUAGACGAGGCUUGUGAUUAUUUCAAUGAGAUGUUGGAUGUGGGUAUCAAGGCACCGGGACAAAUGUUUAGCUGUCUUAAACAAGCGCUUCUCGAUGAAGGCCGGAAAGAUAAAGUCGCGGAUUUGGCUGUGAAGAUGGAUAGGCUGAGGAAAACACAACUCGUUGGCUAA